AUGGGUCAGAGAAUAAAAGAUAUUAACACAAGGCUAGAUGAUAUUUCCACUGAGAUGAAAAAGUAUCACUUCAUUUCUACCCCUCAUGUUUACACUUAUGAUCAUAAUAGUGUGCAAAGAAACCUCCAGAUUGCAUCCUUGGUAAAUGAAUCAAGUGUCCUAGGAAGAGAUAAUGAUAAGUCAAUCAUAAUAAACAUGUUAACUGCAGUCCAGGAAUCAUCAACAUCAUCGUCAUUAAAUUUUUCUGUCCUCUCCAUAGUGGGAAUGGGUGGGUUAGGAAAAACUACACUUGCGCAGUUGGUCUACAGAGACGCCUCGGUAAAGAGCUCCUUUGAUAAAAGGGCUUGGGUCUUUGUGUCUGAUGAUUUUAACAUCCAAAAAAUAUUUAAAAGCAUAAUUGAGUCAUUUACCAGUAGGAAGUGUGCUAAUCUCUCAAAUGUGGAAGUCUUGGUUGAUAAAGUUCGAGAAGAGUUGAGUAAUAAAAAAUAUUUACUAAUUCUCGAUGAUCUGUGGAGUGAAAAUACGGAAGACUGGGAUACACUUCAAGAUUUACUAAGUUUGGGUGCUCAAGGGAGUAGAGUCUUGGUCACUACACGUAGUAAAAAUGUUGCGACUGUUGUCGGAGGUGCUGUCCAACCAUACAUGUUAAAAAACUUACCUCAUAAAGUUUGUUGGUCUAUCAUCAAGACCAAAGCAUUUUCUCCAGGUGGAGCAUCAGAAACUCCAACCAUGACAUGUAUAGGAGUGAAAAUUGCAGAAAGAUGUGGUGGUUCACCACUAGCUGCAAAAGUUCUCGAUUGGGAGAUCGAUAGGAAAGAUUUAGUUCGGCUGUGGAUGGCUGAAGGGUUCCUUCAUCUAUCUCAUGGUGCAAGUCAGAUAUCACUAGAAGAUGUCGGUGAUGAUUAUUUUCAUAGUUUGCUGGCCAAUUCGUUCUUUCAAGAUGUGAAAUUAGAUGAGAUAGGCGACUUCGAGACGUGCAAGAUGCAUGAUUUGGUACAUGAUCUUGCUCAGAGUGUCAGCGGUGUUCAUGAUAUCAAGAUUAUCAAUUCUAGUGAAAUGGAUUCAAUUUCUAGACAUCGGCGCUUGUCGUUAAAUUUAAAUUUAGACAAGCAAACAUUAGAUGCAUUUUCAAAAGUCUUGAAAAAGUCAAAACGUCUGAGGUGCAUUUAUUCUCUUAGAAAAUGUGAUUUAGGAGAACAUUUACUUUAUGGCAAGAAUCUGCGGGUAGCUUCUUGGCUCAGAUAUUUCCAUGGUCAUUCUUCCAGAGGAGUUCAUUCUUCUAUAGUUGAGCAUAAGCAUUUGAGGUACCUUGACCUGUCUUGUUGUAGUUUUGAUGAAGGAAAAGAUGUGUCCAUCAAUCAACUUUACAAUUUACAGACGUUAGUACUUAAUAGAUGCAGAAAUGUUAAUAGGACUCUUGUAGGCAUAGGGUCUCUGAAGAUUUUAAGGCACCUAGAUCUCUCGUAUUCGGAUGUUAAAGUGCUUGAUGAUUCUGUCGUUCAGCUUACUAAUUUGCAGACAUUGGAUCUAAGUUUCUGCAGCAAAUUAGUAUUCUUACCCCAAAAUAUUGGGUCUUUGAGAGAUCUAAGAGAGUUGGAAUUCAAAUACUGUUGGAAUUUAAAAGUUUUACCCAGAGAAUUUGAAAAAUUGACCCGAUUGAGAUGCCUAAAUUUGUCAAAAACUAAGAUUGAAGAAGUAUUAUGCAUCAACAACCUUUGCAAUUUGGAGUUACUCGAUUUUGGAAGGAACUGUAAGCUUCCCAGAGAAAUAAAAAUUUGCCAAAAUUGA